CCGAUUCCAAAUUUUAAAAUCCUUGAAUAAGACCCGUUCCCGUUUAAUAGCGGGUCUGUGAGUAAAGCAAUAUACGUGGUGAAAUGCAAUCAAAGCAGAAGCAGAGCAGGGUUAUAUCAAAUCACGCAACCGAGAUGCACGACAAUUCUGCCGGUGGAUCCACCGUGAAGCCGAAAAUCGGAUCGUUGCAGAUGUCGGAUGUCUCGUUCAAGCGCAAGCCAGGAGUUUUUCAGAAAGAUUUGCAACACAUGAUGUUUGGAUUUGGUGAUGAUCCCAAUCCACUCCCAGAAACUGUUGCACUGGUUGAGGAAAUAGCUGUUGAGUAUAUCACAGAUAUGGUGCUUAAAGCUCAAGAAACUGCAUCAAAGAGAGGGAAGCUUUUAACAGAAGAUUUUUUGUUUCUAAUCCGCAAGGAUUUACCAAAACUUAAUCGUUGUACGGAACUACUCACUAUGCAUGAAGAACUGAAACAAGCACGGAAGGCUUUUGAUGUAGAUGAAGAGAAGCUGGCAACUGGAGAUUGAAAGUGAAUGUCUUAAGAACCAAUUCAUCGUUCUGUUGUGAUGGAUUGUGAAUUCAACAUCUUUAAAUUGUGACCAGGAUAUUGGGUAUCCAUUACAGUGAUCUAUUUAUUGAUAUUU